CCGAAUAUCAACAAUGUCGCGUUGUAGACGGACAAAUAUAUGCAACAAUAUAUCGAACAAAUGAGACGAAAGAUGAGGCGCGUUUUCGUAGAGUAAGGAUUUCCGAAACAGGUACGAGUGAUUUUUUAAUAUAAAGGAUUGCCGUUAGUUCGCAAAGAUGCAGCGGACGAACUUGCCCAUAGUGCCCAUGCAGCUGGACUCGUCCAUAGCGAUUAAGAUCAGCAUGGGUGGAUCGAUGUUUCAAGAGAGGACCUUAAUGGGCAGGUCCGACGUGUGGCACAAGGUCAGAAUAUUGAAGGGCACGCAAUACGACAAGGAGAUCGUGCUGAAGGCUAUCUUGAACGCCAUUGAGCCUGCAGAGUUGGUGCCUGUUAAGUACCAGGCCAUCGGCGAGGACACGUACUUCCUGGCACGAAACUGUGCGCAUGCACUGGACAAAUUAUGCAAGACCAACUUGAUAAUAAAGAAUCCCGAAGGGGACCCCUUGAUUUUAAUAGUAACACUGGGUUUCGCGUCUAUCCACGAUCUAAAAAUCAACCUGCAGCCGCUGCUCCUGGCAGGUCUGGCCAAGAAAUACAAUCCCAAUAAAAAGAGCCUGGACUUGGAACAGUUUCACAAGGACCCGGACAUGUCCAAGGCCAUCUACUGCCCUCUGACCCAACAGAGAACGUUCAACCACGUGAUGAAACUCACGAAAACCGCGAUCGCGACGGUCGAGCAUCUGAACCUCCAAAAGAACGAACUGUUCAACCUGAUACCGAUGGAAACUUGCGGUCUGACUUCCAUCAAGUACCUGGACUUGAGGCACAACAAUCUCUACAACAUGGAGGUCCUAACCCCCCUGAAAAAUAUGCCUAUAACGAAGCUAUGGCUGGACGGGAACCCUCUUUGCGAGAACUAUUCGAAACCUAAGCAAUACAUCGAGUCCGCUAAAAAGUAUUGCCCGUAUCUGGUCCAACUGGACGGGGUCUACGUGAAGACCAGCUCUCUGCCGCUAACCUACACGAGAUACCUGAAGAAUGAGGAGAGGAAAGAACUGGUCUCCAAAUUCGUCAAUCAUUUCUUCAAUCUGUACGAUCAAGGCGACAGAACGGUCUUGAGAGGACUCUAUCACAAGAACGCGUUUUACUCGAUGAAUUCGGGUAUUCCCGGCGCGGUGGCGCACAAGAAGAACCUGACGCAGUUCACCGCCUGCAGAAACCUGACCAAAACAGCGGACCCGAACAAGAAGAGGCAACACCUGUACUAUGGCCCGGACAAUAUUUUGGGCGGGCUGAAGAGGCUGCCGAAGUCCUACCACGACAGAAGCUCGUUCAUCUGCGACCUGAUCUUCGACGAUGGAAUGUGUCUCGCCAUUUCCGUUGGAGGUCUCUUCAAGGCUAUCUUCAAGAACAACGUCUCGCAAGUCCUGGCGUUCAACAGGACCUUCGUCCUGCUGGCCGGCGCCGAUAACGAAUACAACAUUCUUAACGACCAGUAUUUCGUGGAGCUCCCCGUCAAGGAAGUUCUCCCCUCCAGCAUCGACUCCAAGAUCUCGUACGACGACAUCGUGCCAACGUGCUUCAGCAGCACCGAGAAGAAGGAAAUAAUGAACAAAUUUCUCGAGAUCACGACGCUGAACGAAGAAUGGGCCAAGACGUAUUUGGAAGAGUGCAAGUGGAACCUGAGACAGGCCAUCGGGAAUUUUAUGAAAGACUACAAAUCCUCGGCCGUUCCCACCGACGCAUUCUCGAGAUAGUAUUAUGAUUUCUUGUGAGAGAAAGUUCUCAAUCGGACAAUUUAGAAAAUUAUGAUCUUUUUGUCGCGGAAUAUCUUCUUCGCCUCGAGUUACGAACUGAAAUCGAACGAAGCGGAAUUUCGGGACUUAAGUGCAAUUCGUUUUGAGUUUAAGUCUCCGUGGUUUCGUGAUUUAUCGAAUUUCUGCGAUGAGAAUCGUUUCCGCAGACGGGACUGGCGUAAGCCUUGUAUAUAUUACAAUAUUGUUUUUAAUAAAGUAUUUUUAAAGCCA